AUGAAUCCGUUGUGUCACAUUCGUCAAUGGAGUCCAGAGGAGAUCGGUCGACUACUGAAAGUCAAAGGAACAAUUCAAGAUGUGGAUGGAUUGUGUUCGUUCAAGGUGUCCAGCCGACCUCGCAAGUCCUGUGACGUUGCUGCACACUAUCGCAUUCCUCUUCAUGCGCUGAACAAGAAAUUUGGCCUGUAUAGGAAGAUUGUGGAACACCUCAGUGCUUCAUCCCAUUUUAACGCUGCCCAGAUGCGUGAUGUUUAUGCCUCAAUCAUGGACUACAUGAAUGAAGUUCGCAUUGCAUUCCUGGAAGACGCUGCAGGGUCCCUAGAUGCAUUACAUGGUCGCUUUAGAUCCCCGGCGCUCGAUUACUAUCUCUGGUUGGAUCAUACAUGCAGUGGCUUUGAUUCCCAGUAUCGUAAAGUCCUACAAGAGACUCAUGGAGUUACAUUUGAGUGUAUACGGGAUUCAACAUGCUCUGAUAUACUUAUGUUUCUCGAUUGGCGUGCAUAUCAUAACAAACACUGUGAGGAGCAUGACUGCUGUGGUGCGCUGCAGGGUUGUGGUACCGGCGAAGACGUCCAGCAGUUGCUUGCCGCAGUCGAUUCCUCUCUCAAUGCUUCCAAUGCUCCAGUAGAACAUGGAGCUGGUACGGAUACCACCUGCACGACGCAUCCAGGCGAUACUGCUGCCCCAGUGGCGACUCAAUCACACUGCGUUGAUUCGACGAAGGACUCCUUUCCAAAAUAUCCAUUGCCCUUCAACGAUAACGACCGAAUGCUGGCUUUAAGUACACUUUCUGGGGGAGCACGCAAGUUGAUCAUUGGUGGAUUUGGGCGAUGGCUGCCCAGUCACAUUGCGAUGCGGUUUCGAGAGAUGCAAGGAUUGCAUCAUUACGACCCUAUGAAGGGUCUCUGGGAGCAUGGCAUGCUGUUCACAUCACGAAAUAAUGAAGAGUUCUUCGAGUUAUUUGGAAUGGCGGAAUUGAUGGCAAGGUGUCAAGAGCUAUUGGUCAACCGUGGUAGCAUGGGACGAUUUUUCAUUGCGGUUGGUCAGGCACUCUACACCACUCGCCAUGACGCCGAUUGCACGGUCGAAUAUGGUCAUGAUAUUUCCAUAUCUUCUGGCCAGCAGGAACCCCAUCAAACGGUGUCAUUCAAGUUGUCCAGGCUCGGAGAACCAUCAGUUAUGGAUGUCACAGACAUUCAAUCUGAUCCCGUACUAAAUCACGAACCCACCCGCUCGUUUGAAGAACGCGAGGUUCAAACAGACCUUGAAAUCCGUGAUGCAUGUCGCGUCAUCAAUUCCGAUGGUCAUGUGUCCGAGCUGGGACUCCAUGCAGCACUAGAUACCGAUGAUAGUCACCCCGCCAUGCAACAAGAAUCCGAUGAUGAUCAAUCUACUUCUGACAGAGUCCUAGAAGCUGACCAGGACUGUCACUGCACAAACACAGUAGGAUAUGAAACCGAAGGUGAGUCACUCAGCUACUACGGUAGUCAUGUGCCUGACGCGAGACCUCAACGAGAUAUCAUUAUCAUCGAUGGUCAACCAUUAGGGAACAUGGUCCCAGAUCCAAUAGAUCCACGAUCUGAUUCCAACAUAGUCCCGCUGCCUGACAAUGACGGAAUGCGGACGUCUAUUGUAGACUCUUUCAUACCAGGCGAGCAUAUUACUGAGGCGGUUGGCAUCUUAGGCUUCGACAAUGAUGUUUGUAACCCGUCCUUGGAAGGCUUUCCAAUGGACCUGCGGUCUGAUUCCGAAGUGGUAGUAUGGUCUAAUGAGGAUGGAUACCAAGGCGAAUCAUUCCUCUCCACUAGCAUCUAUGUCACAAGGCCCGAUUGCCCAGUAGCAGUGAAUAUUGAUGAUGGUCAACCUUCCGCACAGUUCAUGCAAAUCGACAUGCAAACCGACUCUGCGGUUGGUUUGAAUGCUGGAAGUGACGAUAUCCAUGAACGCAUGGAUGACGCGAAACUCGAUAACUCACCAGGAACCAAAGGUGAAUGUAGGGCUGACGUCGGCAGUCUCUCAGCUGAUGGUGAUCCUGAUGUCCCCAAUGCCGCUACUCAGCAGACCAAGGAUGUAUCCAAUGUCGAUCACCCCAACGAAUGCAACGAGAGCGCAUACACGGACAUGGCGCAGGAGGAGGUGGUCAGAUCCCCCUCGCCCCCACUCCAAUCGAGACUGCGCACGCGAAAUUCCAGUAGACAACCAUCAACGAGGCAGCUAACGAGAAUCAAGGAACAGGUCACCUUGAAGCGGACGAGGCCUGUGGUGUUUGCUAACGCUCAGCACGCGCGAAAGGCUAAAUCACAACCUGCGACUACGAAGUCUACAACACCUAGAUACACCAUCCAAGACCUCGUCGCUGAGUCUGACACGCCGGUGAAAGAUGCAACGCCUUUCAUGGACAUCUUUCUCAUGGACCCGGAAGGUUAUGACAUGGUCCAGUCAUCUAUUAAUUCGCACCACGAUGCAUGGUUAGCUGUGGUUAGACGCAUAGCAUGGCGCAUGCGCAACAAGAGCAUCCCCUCUAAGCUCAUACAAUCAGCGGAUGAGUGCCGACAGGCACUGGAACGUCCUGCCUUUGAGUUUGCGCUGUCUCCGUUGGCACAUUGCGUCCUGUCAGAACUUUCCCAUCGAGCCAUGAUUGAUGAGGCAUUCACUUCCGACGGUGGCAAGGGUGUGACUGCAGUAGUAAAGUAUCUGCUCCGCUCCUCUCAGCCUCGCGAUGAGGAUCCUUACGCACCUGGACUGCGAAUUCUCGCAUCAGUUCUGACAGAGGCAGCAAGCAAGCACAAGGCGUAG